GGGAACCUUAGAAAAAUUUUUAUUCUUUUUUCUCUCUUCCAUCCUACCGAAUCCGGUUGGCCGGCCUAUGGACGGCAGAGGCCAUGAAAAGUAAUAUGAGAUUUUGCAUUAGGAACUCUAGAAUGUUUUUUAUUUUGUUUUUGCCUUUCUAGAAACGUUGGACGGAGAAGGCGACCAAACGUUUGGACGGAGGAGGCGACGGAUUCGGUAAACCGAACGCGGACAGGACCGGAAGAAAAUAUUGGGCAAACUGAAAUUUUGACUCUUUAUAGAUAGGUAUAGAUACAUCUUAUCGACUUUAAUGAUAGAUUAAAAUUACAAUUUUCUAUGGGUCCACAAAAGAAGUUAUAUAACUCAAAAUUUAACUACACCAACACAUGGAUAGUAUGAAACUAGAAUUAUGAAAUAUUUAUUAAAAAAUAGUUCUGUAUAUUUUGCAACACGGGAGAAAAAAUCUAUCAAGAUUGUAUUUCAAAUUUCUACCUUAUGUUGACCUAAAAAGCUAAUGUAAAGAAAAGAUGCAUGCAUGAUGUUCCAUCGUACAGAUCAAGUAUUUAUUUUUGAGAUAGAAUUUCAAGCAUAAAUGCAACAUCAGCCAUAAAUAUAAAUUUAGCAGGACCCCUAGCUACUUUGAUGCCUUUAUUUUUUUUAACUUUGAAGAUCAAGUAUUUAUUUUACCAUUGCAUUUUUAAAUUGGAAAAUAUUCAAUUGAGAGCAACUAACCGUGUUAAUUCAACUAUAAAAGCGAAGCUUACCCAUGAGGUUUGCCCCUAUUUUUCUUUGAGAAAUUUGCGUUUUAACCGCUAUCUAGAGACUAAGUAUUUGGACGACAGUGUGCUGCAUAUCAAAAAGAUAUUGUCUCAUCACUUUCCUUAGUAUUUUUCAGUAAUUAAUUAAUCAAAACUGUAACUAAUAAUGUGUAAAUAAGGGAUAAACAUUGACUUCAACCAACAAUUUGGAAGUUAGAAAAGUGAGCCUACUAAAUCACAGUUGGAGACUUAAGAGUUCACGGUAGAGGCAACAACACUAAUGUCCCACAUUAGGAUAAGGGCAAAGAUAUAGGAAACAUUUUUCUUUUGAAUCUGACAUAUAGCAAACAUUACACGUGCCCAGCACAGCAAAUCACUCAAAGAAGAUAUCAAGGACGACGCCGGAACUAUAUAAAGGCACCACACCAGCGUGGAACUGCCAUGUCCAACCUGGUGUGUUUGUAGAGCUUGCUUGCUUGUGCAGAGGUCGAUGGGUGCCGCGCCGGGAGGAGGCCGUGUCCCUGCCCGGGCCAUGGCGGACGCCCUGGAAGACGUGCGCUCCAUCCUGCUGAAACCGUCGGAGCGCCUCGACGACAAGCGCUUCACGAGGAUCGCCGGCGCCGACUUCGACGACGCGAGCCUCGGCCUCGCGGAGCUGCUCGCCUCGCUCGCGUCCACGGGGUUCCAGGCCUCUAACCUCGGCGACGCCAUCGACGUCGUCAACCAGAUGUUGGACUGGAGGUUAUCCCACGAGAAGCCAAGCGAUGAUUGUGCUGAAGCUGAACUUGAUCCUGCAUAUAGAGAGUCCGUCAAGUGCAAGAUCUUUCUGGGCUUCACAUCUAACCUUGUGUCUUCUGGUGUUCGGGAGAUUAUACGGUUUCUUGCUCAGCAUGCCAUGGUGGAUGUUAUUGUUACAACUGCUGGGGGUAUAGAGGAGGAUCUCAUCAAAUGCCUUGCACCAACUUACAAAGGUGAUUUCUCUUUACCUGGAGCGCUGCUGCGGUCUAAAGGACUUAACCGGAUAGGAAACCUGUUGGUGCCCAAUGAUAACUACUGCAAGUUUGAGAACUGGAUCAUGCCAAUCCUUGACAAGAUGCUGCUGGAACAAUCCACUGAAGUAAGCAAGCAUCUCUUGACAAAUAAUGUUUGGACACCAUCAAAGGUGAUUGCUCGUCUUGGCAAAGAAAUAAAUGAUGAAAGCUCCUACCUUUACUGGGCAUACAAGAACAACAUCCCUGUGUUCUGCCCAGCAUUGACUGACGGAUCAAUUGGAGACAUGCUAUUUUGCCACUCGGUCAACAAUCCUGGUCUUAUUGUUGACAUUGUACAAGAUGUACGGCUGAUGAAUGCGGAAACCAUCCACGCAACCCCAAGGAAGACAGGGAUUAUAAUUCUUGGUGGAGGCCUUCCAAAGCAUCAUAUAUGCAAUGCCAAUAUGUUGCGCAAUGGUGCAGAUUAUGCAGUGUAUGUCAACACGGCUCAGGAGUUUGAUGGUAGUGAUUCUGGGGCACGGCCUGACGAAGCAGUUUCAUGGGGAAAGAUCAAGAGCUCAGCAAAAACUAUAAAGGUGCAUUGCGAUGCAACGAUUGCUUUUCCGCUUCUUGUGGCUGCAACAUUUGCGCGCAAGGUUCAUGGCACUAAAUCAGCAAACUGAAUGGAAGUCACUGAAGUUAAUUAUGGCACUCUAACUAGCUGAACUUUCCACAUAUGAUAGUUUCUGGUUUGGACUUUGAAGCAUGGACUUUACUUAAAGGGUACAGGUCUCUUGGCUCGAGUACUAGUUAUGUACAUUUUGUUGAAAUCUGUCCUUUCAUGUGAUGUAUGUAUGAUUUCAUCCAUCUGAAGCCAUUAUAUUGGGCUAUUGCAACAUAAUAAAAUUUGUGUGUACGACAGCAUUUGUGUCGUCCCUCU